AUGCCUCCAGCGAAUUCCCGAGGCCUUUCAAACCACCGUGAGUUUGUGGUGACGGUGGGGGGUCAAGACCUUGGAAAUGCGUGCUGGGCCAUGGACCAUGGACCAAUGUGUGGCCUUCAUUUGCUGGAUGCUACUUUGCUAACACAGUGGGCUCCUCAGAACAGGAUUUUGAUGCAAAUGCCAAUUUACCGGAGUUUCCUUCACCUGGACUGGACUUGUUUGGAGUUCCUGGCGAUUCAGACUGCGUCGACGGUUGGGCGCUUAUCCAUGAAGGUUUAG